AUGCUUACUUCAACUGCUGAAACUUUUUCAGCGCUUUGGCUGACUGAACCAGCGGAUGUCAUUAUGACAGACGCAGAGACGGAUCAUUGGAAUGUGGAAUCUACAAAGUCAGCAGAGGGUGAUUUUGAUACUUUAAUACAAUGUUGGUUAAACGAACGUUGGGCACCAGAAAUAUUACAUCCUCAAGAGGAAUUAGCAAGGGUUGAAAAUGCGUUAAUUGAGCAGGACGACAAUUAUGACGAGGUUGAGAAUGAAAAUCAGCGUCCUCGCGACACGAUUGAGCAUAUUGUCGCCCAGAUUGAUAUAGAUAGAACAAAGUAUAUUCUUGAGUCAUAUGCUGACAUCAGAAGAGAAAAGAUCGAAGCACAUGCCCGCCACAUAUUGAAGAAUCCCGAAGAAAGGGUGAAACUGACAAGCACAGAACUGGAUUUUGCCGAAAAGUAUGUCAGUCUGCUUGCUGAGUAUGAGGAAUCAUCGUAUAAACGUGAUUGCCCACGAGAAGUUAAACAUCUACUAAAUGAAGGUCUUGAUGGCCAGAUGGAUAUUAGACGCAAACAGCUCACUUAUCCAGCCGCCAGUCGCUAUUUGAGAGUCAUCGCACAAUCCAACCUCGCUACUAUUUGGUUCUACCUAAGUACCAACUCCAUGCCAUAUUUCCGAUUGAUUGAAUCGACAGCUGAUAUCGUCGAGGGAAGAUGUCAACGCGUGGGGGCUUGCAGUUUGGAGUGA